GCGCCAGCCGGCGCCUCUUCGGUGCCGCGCCUCCGCCGUCCGCCGUUACCACGGCAACGGAGUGGUCGGCGGAGCGCAGAGCCUGGGCCCGGCGGCAGGAUGAUGCUCUCCCGGGCCAAGCCGGCCGUGGGGGGCGCCCCGCCGCCGGGAGACCGGCGGAGGAAGAAAGGGAAGAAGGUGCCGCAGCUGGAGGAGCUCCUGGCCGUGCGGGAUUUCACCGGCGCCAUCACCUUGCUGGAGUUCAAGCGGCAAGUGGGUGAGCAGCAGGAGGAUGCCGACCUGUGGAUCGGAUACUCCGCCUUUCACCUGGGGGACUACAAGAGAGCGCUGGAGGAAUAUGAGGCUUUGACUAAGAAACCAGCUUGCAGUCCUGAUGUUUGGGUGAACCUUGCCUGUACCUACUUUUUCCUGGGGAUGUAUACACAGGCUGAACAAGCAGCCUUGAAAGCACCUAAGAGUCGUCUCCAGAACCGUUUACUCUUUCACCUGGCACAUAAGUUCAGUGAUGAGAAGAAACUGAUGAGCUUUCACCAGAAUCUGCAAGACAUUACAGAAGAUCAGCUUAGCUUGGCAUCUAUCCACUAUAUGCGGUCUCACUACCAAGAAGCUAUCGACAUCUACAAACGCAUUCUUCUUGAUAACCGGGAAUACCUGGCCCUGAAUGUGUAUGUGGCGCUAUGCUAUUACAAGCUGGAUUACUAUGAUGUAUCACAGGAAGUGCUUGCUGUUUACCUUCAGCAAGUUCCUGACAGCACCAUUGCUCUUAACCUUAAGGCUUGUAACCAUUUCCGACUUUACAAUGGGAAGGCUGCUGAGGCAGAGCUCAAGAGCUUGACAGAUAGUGCCUCAUCUUCUUUUGAGUUUGCCAAGGAGCUCAUUAAGCACAAUCUGGUGGUGUUCCGAGGAGGAGAAGGGGCAUUGCAGGUCCUGCCUCCUCUGGUUGAUGUUAUUCCUGAGGCUAGACUAAAUCUUGUGAUUUACUAUCUCCGGCAAGAUGAUGUACAGGAGGCUUAUAACCUGAUUAAGGACCUGGAACCUACAACUCCACAGGAGUACAUCCUCAAGGGAGUGGUAAAUGCAGCACUUGGACAAGAAAUAGGCUCGAGAGAUCAUCUAAAAAUUGCUCAGCAGUUCUUCCAGUUGGUAGGUGGAUCAGCCAGUGAAUGUGAUACCAUUCCAGGGAGACAGUGCAUGGCCUCCUGUUUCUUUCUGCUUAGACAGUUUGGUGAUGUCCUAAUUUACCUCAAUUCAGUCAAGAGUUACUUCUAUAAUGAUGACACUUUUAACUUUAACUACGCCCAAGCCAAAGCUGCUAUGGGCAAUUCUAGUGAGGCUGAAGAGGUGUUCCUUUUGAUCCAGAGUGAGAAGAUAAAGAAUGAUUUUGUUUACCUUAGCUGGCUAGCUCGCUGCUAUAUUAUGAAUAAGAAACCACAGCUGGCCUGGAAGCUCUAUUUGAAGAUGGAGACCUCAGGGGAAUCCUUUAGUCUUUUGCAGCUCAUUGCAAAUGAUUGCUACAAAAUGGGUCAGUUUUACUACUCAGCCAAAGCAUUUGAUGUUCUGGAGAGAUUGGACAGUAAUCCUGAAUACUGGGAAGGCAAGAGAGGUGCUUGUGUGGGUGUCUUUCAAAUGAUCUUAGCUGGCCGAGAAGCAAAAGAAACUUUACGGGAAGUGCUGCAUCUUCUGAGGAGCACUGGUAAUCCUCAAGUAGAAUACAUUAUCCGCAUCAUGAAAAAGUGGGCCAAGGAGAACAGAGUCCCUGUCUAAGUCAGAGUCAUCAAAACAACUGGGUACAUCUUUAGGACAUAAAGCAGGUUGACCCAAUCUACAGCUGAGCGAAGAGCAUACUGCAGUGAGAUUGCAUAACAUUCAGCAAGUAAUUUUUUUCAUUAAAGCUUUAUUUUAGAAGUAAAGGUAUUGAAUUCUCUUCGCCCUUCAGUAGAACCCUACUGUUUCACUAAUCUCUAUUCCUCAUUCAAGGUUUCUCAGUCUUUUCGUAAUAUAGUUCCAGUUGUCCACAAAUCAAAGCAUUCCUCAGAUGUUCCCCAGACUUUGUGUACCAGUUACUGGAGUCCGUUGUGUUUUUUCAGCAAGUCUUCUGGCCUCCAGAAAAGAAUGAUUUGUUAAAUGACUGAGACAAACCUACUUUAGCGGAUGAUGGAAUGUGGCAAGUAGAGAGGAGAACUGUGACAAUGAAAAGUCAGUACUAGGAUAUCAAAUAACGAGUAGUUUUUUAUAUAUUCCCUGCCUGGGGUAAAGUGAAAAUCAUAGUCUGUGCUAUACUUCUGAUAAAUUUCAAUAACUAAUAACUUCAUCUCUCUUACUUUUGUCUAUAAGGAUCUGUUCUCUUUUACAAUUAAUUCUGAAGGUUAGAGUUAAUCAGCCCCAAACGUCAAGCUCCACAGUGGCCCAUUUGCUUUUUAGGUUGGUAACAAAGCAUGAUGGUGCCUUUUUUUUCAGAGCAUGGAAGAUUGUCUGGAUUGUUCAGUCUUGCUUGAAGUUUGACCCUAAAACAUUUAUUCAUGUUGUUAUAAUUCAUGUGAGUAAUACCUUUAGUAUAACAAUCUGAUGGAUAAAAGAACUGUUUGUUUAGAAUCAUUUUCUUCAGCAGUUUGCACCAUACUUAGCAAUAAAUUCAUUAUACUAUUGGUGACAAGUAAUUUCCUGUUUCCUAAGGAGAACAGUUCAGGGAACACACUAUCCAAAAAGAAGGCUGCGGUUGUAACAUAGAAAUGUAUUAUAUGGUUUGCAAUGAGCAAUAUUUGUAUAUUAUUUGUAAAAUGAAAAUUUUCCUUUCUUAUGAAGUAUUUUUAUAUCUUUGAGGACGAGAACUUUUCAGAAUACUGUAUUCUGUGCUUUGAUUAAAGUUCUUAUGUGGAUCUACAAUAGAA